AUGAUGAGAAACAACAUUUGGAUCCUCUGCUUGGCGUUCGGUUUGGCUGUGGCUGAGACCACGGUUGAGGAGCCUCCAAGGGAGAAGCGCGGCUUCGUGAGUUCCGGUGGCGGCGGAUACGGUGGAGGUUCCUCGGCCGGUGGAAGCCACUCUGGUGGAGGAGGAUAUGGAGGCGGCGCCGUCGGAGGUGGCGGAGGAAGCUUCCUGAUCGUCGGAGGAGGCGCAGGCGGUUCUCACGGGCCCAGCGCCUCCUCCAUCGCCAACCAGGCUGCGGCACAGGCCACCGCCGCUGCCGCAGGACUCAAGGGCGCCGCCAGUGCCGCAGCUUCCAAAGCCGCUGGUCAGGCCGCAGCCACAGCCUCUGCUGCAGCUCAGCAGGCACAGGCUGCCGCUGCUGAGAAGCAGGCACAGGCCGCCCAACUGACUCAGGCUGCCCAAGGAGCACAGGCUGCAGCCUUUGCCGAGUCGUCGCUGGCCGGACAGGCGUCUCAGGCUGUGCAGGCUGCUAAGCUGGCUGCCUCGUCGGCCUCGUCUCUAGCCUCCAACCUGGCCCAUCUGAGCUCCGAGGCCAGCGGCCUGGCGUCUCAGGCUACCAACAGUCUGAACGACAUCCAGGCAGUUCUUUCCGCUCAGGAGGCCAUGGCCUGGCAGGCUCAGCAGGCGGCCAACUCUCUGGGUCAGCAGCAGAGUCUCGCCCUCAACGAGCUGCAGUCGGCGCUUGCAGCAGCAGCGCAGGCCCAGGCGGCCGCCAGUAAGGCCCAAGCCAAGGCCAAGGGCGCCGGCGGAGGCGGCUACGGCGGCUCCUCCUCCUCCGGCUACGGCCACUGA